CUGGGGCACCUGGCUGCAUUCACCCUCGUUUGUGCCAGCCCAUCACUGCAGUCGGAGCAGGGGCUAGCUCCGUGCGUGCCGGGGCCGAGACAGAUGCCGGCACUGGGCCAGUCACCGUGCGCUGGUGGCUGCGGGCAGGCAGCAGCCUCAGUCAUCCUGUCGCCUCCGUUUCUUCCCCGUUCCAGGGAGGUGGGUGCUGAAUGGAUGCUCUCGGCUCGGCUGCUGUGAAGCCCAUGGAUUUGCUGCCCGCGGGGCCGCGGGGCCGGCGCCUGCAGGACGAGAGCCCGCCGCCCCCCUCGCAGCGCUGAUGUGAACGGCGGCGGCCAGCCAGGCCCCGCGGCGAGGAGCCCAGACAGCUGCGGGCGCCGUGGCACGGCUCGUCCCGCUCUGUGGCCGCCGCAACGAUGAGCGAUGGCGGGUGGAUCUCGCUCAGCCCAGCGGAGUUUGCUCAGCUCCAGCAGUACACCGACUACUCCACCAAGAAGCUCAAGGAUGUCCUGGAGGAGUUCCAUGGGGAUGGCGUCCUUGCCAGGUACAACCCAGAACAGCCUAUCGACUAUGAGGGCUUUCACCUCUUCAUGAAGACGUACCUGGAGGUGGAUGUACCUGAGGAGCUUUGCCAACAUCUCUUCAUGUCCUUCAAGCGCAAGAUAAGCCAUGCAUCCCCUGAGGCACAGCGCCAGAGUCCCAGCGUCUCACAGCCCAACACGCUAGAGCCAGAGUCACUUGACGCCGGCAUCUCCAUCCAGACCAAGGUGGCCUGCGCCCCUGUCACAGGGAUCAACGGAAAAACACUUUUAAGUGCCCCAGGACGACACAAUCCUGAGUUCAAGAGCUCCCAUGGUAACACAGCUGAGCCACAACCAGUGUCUCUGACUCCAGCACCAAUACCCAAUGCCUCUCCCAGCUGGUCCAGAUCAUCCUCCCAGAAAUCUACUGCUGGCACCCUUUCUGCUCACAACUCCUCAGGGUCUUCAAAGAUCUCCUCUGGGUCACUGCUCAGCCCUCAGUCACCAGGCUCAAAGAGCUUGGAGAAGAGGUUACCCUUCAGCCUCCGGAAGAACCACAACUCCCUGAGAGCUGCCACUCCUCAUCCCCAGGCAACCCUGCCUCAGGUGGUUUACCUUAAAGACAUUGUCUGCUACCUCUCACUACUGGAGAGGGGACGGGCAGAAGACAAGCUGGAAUUUAUGUUUCGCCUUUAUGACACAGAUGGAAAUGGCCUCCUGGACAGCUCGGAGCUGGAUCGUAUCAUCAAUCAGAUGGUGCACGUGGCAGAGUACCUGGAGUGGGACUCCUCGGAGCUGAAGCCUAUCUUGAAAGAGAUGAUGGAGGAGAUAGACUAUGACCACGAUGGGAACGUGACGCUGGAGGAGUGGAUCCGGGGCGGCAUGACCACUAUCCCCUUGCUGGUCCUCUUGGGCAUGGAGAUGAACGUGAGGGACGAUGGGCAGCACGCCUGGAGGCUGAAGCACUUCAAGAAACCCGCCUACUGCAACUUCUGCCGCACCAUGCUGCUGGGGGUCCGCAAGCAGGGCCUGUGCUGCUCCUUCUGUAAAUACACUGUCCACGAGAGAUGCGUGUCCAAAGAUAUCGCCUCGUGCAUCAGCACAUAUGUGAAAUCCAAGAGAAACACAAACGUGAUGCAGCACACGUGGAUUGAGGGCAAUUCCCCUGUCAAGUGUGACAGAUGCCACAAGAGCAUCAAGUGCUACCAGGGCAUCACCGGCCUGCACUGUGUCUGGUGCCAAAUUACCCUUCACAACAAAUGUGCCUCCCACGUGAAGCCCGAGUGUGAUGGGGGCCUGCUGCGGGACCACAUCUUGCUGCCUUCCUACAUCUGCCCAGUGGUUCUGGACAGGCAAUCCCAUUCCAGGAAAUCAGAGAGUGACUCUCCUGCCAGCACCAGCCCCGAGGACAACAACCAGAGCUUCAAGUUCAACUCCACCACAGUGGACGGGCAAGGCCUUCAGAUCAGCCCCAGGCCUGGGACUCACCCCCUGCUUGUAUUUGUGAAUCCCAAGAGUGGAGGAAGGCAAGGAGAGAGGGUCCUCCGGAAGUUUCACUACCUACUCAACCCACGGCAAGUGUACAACCUGGACCGUGGAGGGCCUGCUCCAGGGCUGAGCUUUUUUCGGGACACCCCAGAUUUCCGCAUCCUGGCUUGUGGAGGGGACGGCACUGUGGGCUGGAUCUUGGACUGCAUAGAUAAAGCAAACCUGCUGAAGCACCCGCCUGUGGCCGUCCUGCCGCUAGGAACAGGCAAUGACCUCGCCAGGUGCCUGCACUGGGGAGGAGGUUAUGAAGGAGGCAAUCUGAUGAAAGUGCUGAAGGAUAUCGAGCACAGCACUGAGGUGAUGCUGGACCGCUGGCAGAUAGAUGUGAUUCCCAGUGACAAAGAGGCACACGGGGACCCUGUCCCAUACAGCAUCAUCAACAACUAUUUCUCAAUAGGGGUGGAUGCUUCCAUAGCGCACCGAUUCCAUGUGAUGAGAGAAAAGCACCCAGAAAAAUUCAAUAGCAGGAUGAAGAACAAGCUGUGGUACUUUGAAUUUGGCACAUCAGAAACAUUUGCGGCCACCUGCAAGAAGCUCCAUGACUAUGUUGAGGUGGAGUGUGAUGGGACCCUGCUGGACCUGAGCAACACUUCCCUGGAAGGCAUUGCUGUCCUCAACAUCCCCAGCAUGUACGGUGGCUCCAACCUCUGGGGUGAGACCAAGAAGCAGCGCGGCUACAACCGGAUGGGCAAGAAAGCACCUGAGAAGCUGCACUCAACGGUGGUCACGGAUGCCAAGGAGCUCAAGUUUUGCGUGCAAGAUCUCAGCGACCACCUCCUGGAGGUGGUGGGGCUGGAGGGAGCAAUGGAGAUGGGACAGAUCUACACAGGACUAAAGAGCGCUGGAAAGAGACUGGCCCAGUGUUCCUCUGUCACCAUCAGGACAUCUAAACUGCUGCCCAUGCAGGUGGAUGGGGAGCCCUGGAUGCAGCCAUCUUGCACAGUCAAAAUUACACACAAAAGCCAAGUGCCAAUGCUGCUGGGUCCUCCCCAGAAGAGCAGCUUCUUUUUCCUGAAGUGGAGAAGCCGAACUCACGAUUAAGCAGUGCAUGAGGAGCCACAGACCCAGUAAUGGGCUGUGCCACCCCGGCAGGGAGGGCAGCGAGGACAACCCACCCCCAGCCUCCGAACCUUCGUCUCCACAGCUCUCCUGACUCCACUCUCUGUUUCCGAAACAUCUGCCUGGAUGCAGCAAUUUGAGCAGCUCCAAAGGCCUCCUCAUGAAAUCAUGCAGGGGCUACAUGGGACCUUGCCUUCACGUGUUCACCCAGCCCCAUGGCAGUGAUUUGUCCUGGGAAGCUCUUGGAGGCUUCUUCUCAACCACCAUGAGCUUUUUCUCCAGCCUGCGUCAGAGCAGCGUGCAAAAGCAGCCUGAAAUGCAGUGAGCACGUUUGCUGGAGCUGUGUUCGAACUGAUCAUUUCCCUUUAUUUAAACAACUCCCCCCGGCAGAGUUGCAAAUGAACCCGGUCCUGAGAAAAAGCCGAGCUUCACUUAUUUAUUUUUAAUCCUCUUGGAGGACACUUGAUGUUUUUGCUGCACUGGCUUUCUGUCCACCAAAGCGGCACAUUUGAGAAGUUAUUUAUUUUCUUUGCCUAGAGGAGACGGUAUUCUGAGCUCCGCUUCCCUAGCUGUUAUCAGAGCAGGUUUUCAACGCCUUCAGCUAGCUUUGCUGGUUCGUUUUUUAAGCAGAUGCAAGCACGUCACUCACCGUCAGCCCUGGGAGCUGCCGCAGGAGAGAGGAGGCCACAAAGCACAGGACAGGUUGUGCAAGGAGAGCCCUCACCAAGCAUGCAGGGCCAAGCUCAGGGUAAACAGCUUUGAGGUGGAAAGGGCAAAAAGGGAUCCUUGCGGCGAGCUGCUGUCCUCCAGGUCUGGGUUUGGACCUCACAGCUCUGUUCAUAUUUAUGUAUUUAUUCCAUAGACUCUUUGGGGAUCGGUUUUCCUUUAUGGGGAAAGGCUCAACAGGAAUGUCACCUCCUGUGUUGUUUGACGGCAGUCCCACGUGGUGGAGUCCACUCUGGCCCAGGUGGCACCUGGGGGACCUCCUUUCUCUCUCAAGCAGCUCCAUGGAGUUUCCUAUCUCCAAACAGCUGGAGGAGCCCAAGGGAGCUCUUCCCACCCCCACAGAGGGUUAGAAACUCUCAGGAUGGACAUCUGGAAGGACAUUGCCCUUAACAGCAAGGGCAUGUGCUCUGGGAGCCCUGCCUGGUGGUGGAGUCAGAGCCAGCUUUGGAGGAAUUGCUUUGCACAGGACAACUCUUGGUCCCUCUCGAGGAUGUCGCUGGCCUUGUGAGGGGACAUGACACUUCUUUUCAGGGACACUUUAAGGUACUACAGCCCAAGCCCUACUGCUGCCCAGGCUGCAAGUGGCCACUUUGUUUGCAGGGCAGGAGAUCCUGGGGAAGCGUUGCCCUCCUGGCCAGAGCAUCAGAAGCUUUUCUCACUUGCAGAAGUGUCCCCUUUUUAAAAUCCUCUCCAAUCGGGACUGUGCUUUCCAAGUAGGCAACUGGCACUGCCUCGAACGCUCUCAGAUUACUGCAAGGAGUUUGGUGGGAGCAGCUCACCCUUGAUUUUCACAAAGCCAGCUCUCACUCACCCGUCCCAAAGCAAAUGUGCUCUUGGGCAAUUGCAGCUCCCAUGAGCUGCCAUCCGUCCCUGGGGGAGCACAGGCACCCAGCUUUCCAUGGGCUUUCACCAGGUGUUUUCUCUCCCUCUGGCAACCAGGCAACUGGGUGGGUGAGCUUGGCCAAUGCCUUCAAAAUGCCCAUGCGGACAUUGGUGGCUUCCACGACGCAUUUGUCACGGGGGCCAGGUGCCCGUUCCCCCUCCCUGGCUUAGCACCAGGCCUGGUGCCUAGUGCAGGCGGCAGGGAGCAGGUUUGACACCCAGCUCUGUUCCCAGGAUGUGCCGGGGGCCAGAAUAUACAUGCUCAUGGUGGACAUGGUGAUCCAGAUGCUUCCCUUGCUGCAUGACACUCCAGAGAGCUGGGAGCUGGCAGGACAGACACACAGAUAGGAUCGGCAGUCUCUUCUAUAGACACCCGCCGCCCACCAUGGGGGCCCUAUGUAGGGCUACAGAAACUCCUGUGAGCACCCUGGUCCACCUCUGGAAACCAGAGGGAAUCAGCCUCCCUCUGAGCCAGCUCCUCUGGGCCUCUCUGUGCUGCUAGAGCAAAGCGGGAGCAUGAGGUUUGCCCCUCUUGAACCCCACUGCAGCUCCCACCAGCAGGAAAACUCCUGCACCUCCGUUUAUUUCCCCAGGGUGUGCUUCUGCUGUAGAGCAAGGAGACCCAGCCAAAAAGAGCCAUGGUCUCCUGGCGUCACGACACCCAGGCCCUGUUCAUGCUAGAGAUGCCCAUUUCAUAACGUUACACAGCAGUGCAGUGGGGUGCUGCCAUCAUUAUGUUUCAGAGUUAACAGGCAGAGAGCUCAAAGGGGCUGUUUGUUAUCCUCCUCAAGGCAUGGACAAUACAGCCACCUUGGACAUGUUGGAAGCCCACCGAUAAGAAAAAUGUCCGUUCAAGCAUUAAUUGGGGGCCUGUUUCCAGCAGAAGCUGCAGGGAAGAGGCUGACACAGGAGGAGGCGCUGGUGCCCCCAGGGAGCUCCCACCCACGAUCCCUCCUCUCCAACCAGCAGCAUACGGGAAAGCUCCCCGGGGAGCAGCACCCCGGCCUGCUGCACCAUCUCCCACCGAUGAGCAAGGCAGACAGAGAGAAGCGCCACCGGUGCCUGGCCCUUCUCCUCCAGCUAUGCGCUCGUGGUGGUGCAAUCCCACGCGGAGAUCACCCGGGAACGUGCUCGCCGGAGAGCACUGUAAAUAGCUAAGAAGCCAGGAGGAGGAGGAGGAUGAAGGCAGCUGUUCACUAGCAGCAGGUGAAAGUGUAUGGGCUCGAUGUCGAAAUAAAGCCCAGUUCCCACGAAAUAGCAGCAGGUCGCCUUCCUUCCAGAAGCAGAUUCGGCUCCCUUUCUGCAUCUGCUUGGACUCAUCGUUUCAAAGCGUGGUCAGAAAGUGCCUGCAUGAAAAGAGCAACCUUCUCCUUGGCAAAUCAGCUCCCUGCUCCCAUUCGUGGUGCAAGAAGGUUCCCGCUUCGGGCCAAGAGCAGCAGCAUGUGAUCCUUUCUGCUGUGGCUUUCCUAGCGCCAGCAGGCUUUGUGGUCCCAUGUGCAAAAGGGUGACAGGCCCCAACGGAGAUGUCCCCGUCUAACGUUCAGCGUGACAAUCCCCACCACCACCACCACCAAAACGUGUCCGCCAGGAAGGAGCCUUACCCAGCACUCCUUGUCUGCCUGUCCCCAGGCUGCCCACUGCCCCGGGACCAAGAGCGGGGAGACACUGCCAUCCGCUCCGGCCAUGCCAAAGACAUCAUCUGAAGGGACCAGCAGUUAGCACCCUUCUUCUUCCGAUGGUGCAAACAUGUCUUCACCCACGGAGAGGCAGCGCUGGGGCGCCUAUCCGGCUGGCAUCACUGCCAAGCAGGAAGAUGCCAAGUAGCCCAAUGGCACUUGAGGCUCUCAAACCCUCUGUUCUCCUUGGUGUCUCCGAGCUGCCCCCCAACUUUUUGUAUCCCAAAAGAUGCAAGAUUGAGUGGGACGCCUUCCCCUCCAGGCAUGCCUGUAGAAACGCCAGGCGUGGGUGCCAGGGAGCCGGCGCGGAAGCGCGCCCACAAAAGCCCUCUCCCUGCAGCGCCCCAGCCCCUUCCUCCGGCCGUGCGUGUAGCCAUGGCCGCCUGCAUGGAAAUGGCGUGGCAUUGGUAGCGUAGCGCGUGUUGCCGUGUACAUCCAGACUGCCGUGGGCUUCCGUCGAAUAAAGGUGGUGAUGAAGCACUCGGCUGGGCCUGAGGGGCAGCGGGGGCCGCUGUCGGGGCCGAGAGCCCCAGGCCACGGUGCCACCCCCCUCGGCCAAGCUCAGCCAGGAGAGCCGCCAGCAAUGUGCUAAA